AUGGCUGGGAUAUUCUCAUUAGGAGGAAAUAACAACAACAACGGAGACGAAGAAGAAGAAAAUCAACAACAACAUAAAACAAAUUGGGUUUGGUGUAGAUCAAGCACAAACACCAAUAAUAUCAACCCAAGUCCGAGCCUAUGGCAGAUUCCACCGGAGCAGCAGAUGCUCAUGCAUCAUCAUCCACAACAUCCACAGCAGCAAAGCUUAGAUCUUUAUCCAGGCCAUCAGAUCGACGUCUCUGACUUAGCCACCUCGUCAAGAUCCAUCACCAUAAGCUGUCGGGACUGUGGAAACCAGGCUAAGAAAGAUUGCACUCACAUGCGUUGCAGGACUUGCUGUAAGAGCCGUGGCUUCGAUUGUUCUACUCACGUGAGGAGCACGUGGAUCCCUGUUGCGAGACGACGCGAGAGGCAACAUCAGCUUAAUAUGUCCUCAUCUGGAGGCGGCGGCGGUAGCGGUAGUGGCGGCGGAGGCGGCACGAAUGUCCCUAAACGCCAUAGGGACACUAGUCUUCCUGGAACAUCCUCCUCUCGCUUACCAUCCGACUCAGCAGGGUUAGAAAUGGGGGAGGCAAGUUUUCCGGCAGAAGUGAGUUCAGAUGCGCUUUUCCGGUGUGUUAAAAUGAGUGGCGUAGACGACGGAGGAGAUGGUCAAUACGCUUAUCAAACCACGGUGAACAUCGAGGGUCAUCUUUUCAAAGGAAUCCUAUAUGACCAAGGGCCUGAAAGCAGCUACAUGAGUGGUGGUAGUGGCGGAAGCGAUCAUCAAAGCUCCUCCGCAGGAGGCGGAGGAGGAGGAGGGAAUCCUUAUAUUAAUCCCGCAUUGCCCGACGGUGGUGGAGGAGGGUCAUCUUCGAUGUUUGUUGAUCCUAAUUCUGGUAGUUACUAUCCGAGUAACAUGACGACUAUGUUCAUGCCUCCAGGUGCGCAGUUCUAUCAAAACCCACCAAGAUCUUGA